AUGGCGACCUCGACGGCCCCACCGCCCGCGCCUGCGGGCCCGCCACCCAAGAAGGCCAAGAACAAGAAGGGAACGGACCCGAGAGACGCCUCGGAGCAGAUCGCCGCGAAGAUCGCCCAGCUGGAGCUGGAUGCCGCAGGAGAAAAGGACCAGGAUGUCGAGAUUGAGCGCGAGGUCAAGAAGGCGAACCGCGAGCUGUCGCAGCUGCUGUCGCAAAUCGAGUCGCCGAUGAAGAAGGUUGAAGAAGUGCGGAGGAGGUACACGGCGUUAUUUGCUGAGAUGAAGCGGACGGAGCGCGAGCAUGUCAAGGCCAAGAAGCGCGCCGAUCAGCUGCAGAAGGAGAAGGACUCGGGCAAGACCGAUCUGAACAAGAUGACGACGCUCAAAGAGCGCCUGGAGAAGAUGUCGCGCGAUCUGACUAAGGAAAACAAGAAGCUGAAGGAGGAGAAUGUGCAGCGCGAGGCUACCGAGUCCCGGCACCGCGAGGAACUGCACGAACGCCUCGAACGCAUGGUGUUGGAUGUUGAAGAUGUCAUCAGUUCGAAGGAGAACCCGGAGCCGCAGCCGGUGGAUACAGACUUGGAUAGAUUAUUCGAGGAAAAGUUCAAGUCGUUCUUGGACCAAUGGGAGUGCCGGGAGAAGCAGUUCAAGUCUCUCUUGCGCGUGAAGGAGCUCGAAAUCCUCUACCACCAGGCCAAGCUCGACCAGCAACGCAAAGCGCAGGAAGUCGAAUCGUCCAAGUCCACCCAGUUGACUCGCCAGGUCACCACCUUCUCUCAGACUGAGGCGGAGCUCCGCAGCCAGCUCAACAUCUACGUGGAGAAAUUCAAACAGAUAACAAAGUUGACGGAUCGCCAGGUUGAGGACACGCUCAACAACUCGAACGACCUCUUCUUGACGUUUCGCCGCGAGAUGGAGGAAAUGUCCAAGAAGACCAAGCGCCUGGAAAAGGAGAAUCUUGUGCUCACGCGCAAGCAGGAGGCGACGAACAAGAACAUCCUCGAGAUGGCCGAAGAGCGGACGCGCACCCAGCAGGAGAUGGAAAAGCUGCGCCGGAAGAACGAGAACCUCGAGAAGCUCUGCCGAGGCAUGCAAGCCCAAGGUCGCGGCCAAGUGCCGCCGCACGAGCUUGACCCGGACGACGAAGGCACGGAGAGCGAGUACCUCGACGAGGACGAGUACGAUGAAGAGGGCAGCGAGGAGUACGACGAGGAUACGGAAGAGGAGGCGAUUGACGUGCGCCCCGGCCCAGAAGCAAAGGUCUUCGGACCUCCGCCGCCGCCGCCACCGCCGCAGACGAUGGCCAAUGGAAAAGUCAACGGCAAGGUGAACGGACAGGUCAAUGGAGUCAGGAAGUCAUAA